AUGGAGGAAUCCAGUUCCCAAAAACUGGUGUGGGACGGCGAUGCCAAAGCGAUGCAACAGUGUUUAACGGAUAUAUUCACCAGCGUUUACACCACCUGCGACAUUCCAGAAAACGCCAUUUUUGGGCCAUGUGUUCUGAGUCAUACCUCCCUGUAUGACAGCAUCGCCUUUAUCGCCCUCAAAUCAACAGAUAAGCGGACGGCGCCUUACAUAUUCAGGGUGGACACGUCAGCCGCCAACAGCUCCUCAGAGGGCCUGAUGUGGCUGCGGCUAGUUCAGUCGGCGCGGGACAGAGAUGAACAAAACCUGGAGGCCUACGUGAAGAACGGCCAGCUCUUCUACAGGUCCCUCAGAAGAAUCGAAAAGGACGAGGAACUACUGGUGUGGUACGGGAAAGACCUGAUAGAACUGCUGCUACUGAGUUCCGGAAGAACACAGAUAAAAAGCAAAGGAUCUCCACCCUACUUGUGUCCAGACUGCAGCCAGCGAUUCCAGUUUGAGUUUCCUCUGCUUGCUCACCUGAGAUUUCGCUGCACCAAGAGAUUACAGAGCCUCACCAACGCAGACGAUGAGAGUAAAGACAACGGCGACCACCCCAGCGUGCCCCCUACCAGGUCUAGCCCAAAGCUGGGCAGGUCGGACUGCUUCUCCAGCCCCCAGGAUGGCAAACCGUCAACAGACUUCCACAACCUAGCCAGGGACCUGGAGAACAACAGAACCAGUGCGCCCUCUGACAAGGAGGCCGAGAUCUCGAGUGAGAGUUCUGGAAAGCGGAAGUUCUCCGAGAUGGAGGGCAGCAGGAGUAGCGGGCUUCCUCAGACUCUCAAGUCUAAGGAGGAGCUGGCCAACUCGGCGCAGCAGUACCGUGGAGCGUACGGGUUGGAGGAGACGAGGCGGGCUUUCUCCCCUGCCGGCUCCGAGCCAGGAGAAACCAAACGGAGCGCUUUCACGGAGGUCAAGAAAUCCCCUCAGGGCCUGAAGAACAGCGCCAAGAACCUGAGCUCCAACGUGGAGAACAAAGAGGCAGGGAGGCCCGGUAGCAACCCCAGCGAGAAGCACCUGAACAUCAGGCAGGUUCUAGGAGAGACGCAGCCGCCCCAAUCCCGUAUGGAGGGCUCCUCCGUGGGCAGCGCCUUCACGUCCGUCCCCCAGCAGGGAAGCACGGCCGAGAGGAAGAGCGCCUUCAGCCAGCCUUCCCGAUCCUUCUCCCAGCUCUCCCCGCUUGUGAUGACGCCCAAGCUGCUGCCAGGGGUGGACUGCCACCCAGCUGUGGGGGACACGGUUUCGUCGAGCAGGCUUUACCAGGCGGACCACCUGGCCGCCAAGCUCCAGGGCUCCGAGCUGGGCAGCAACUGCCCCGUACCGGGUGGCAUGGCCAAACAGAGUCCGUUCCUGUACGCCACGGCGUUCUGGCCGAAGACGUCGGGACCCAUCCAGCUGCAGAUGCCCUCGGCCCUGACGCUGCUGCCGCCCUCUUUCACGUCCCUCUGUCUGCCCGCCCAGAACUGGUGCGCCAAGUGCAACGCGUCUUUUCGGAUGACCUCCGACCUGGUCUACCACAUGCGGUCACACCACAAAAAGGAGUACGCCAUGGAACCCCUGGUCAAACGCCGGCGGGAGGAGAAACUAAAAUGCCCGAUCUGUAACGAGUCGUUUCGAGAGCGACAUCACCUCUCGCGUCACAUGACCUCCCAUAACUGA